AUGGACGGGGCAUCCUCGUCUGGUCCGAGGCCUUAUAUUCGCCUGACCUCACAGCUGAAGAAUGCCACACGUUCUGCGGGAGGAGAAGUUCGUUUCAGAUGUGAGGCAAUUGGCACGCCGCCUCUCUCAUUCACAUGGUUGAAGAACCACGCACCGAUCGAGAAAUCGCGACGAGUGAAGGUCCGAAAUCGUGAGAACUCGUCCCGUUUGGUGAUCACCGAACUCGAUGUGCUCGACUCCGGCUACUAUCAGUGUAUCGCGUCCAAUUCGGCCGCCUCUGUCAACACAACCAGCGUUCUUCGGGUCAGUAAAUUCACCGCUCUUUCACUCGGGCUUAUUCAAUUGCUUCUGCUCAUCCCACCCGCUCACCUCUUUUCAUUGAUUCCG